AUGGCACACUCCAAUCUUUCCCAUCGAAGGACGCACAACCUCUUGUUGAUUUCGAAACUUCUCAAUCAGAGGGACCACGCCAGUCCACUCACACUCGUCCUCGACACGCUGGAACAACCCGCCAACCCGCUGGUGAGGGAGUACCUACGUCGGUCGAGACUGUCCAAAACCAUCACCGUGUUUUUGUCUUUUGAGACUUUCGUCAAACCUAGAGACGUUGACUACUUUGUCGCAUGUCACGGCGGUGGCGAGGGAGGCGGAAACCCACAAGAUAUAACAAAACAAGUCACCGAAAUCUUGUCGAGGAAUCCGGGUAAACGACACUUGAUCAUAAUUGAUUCAUUGACAAGACUAUCUUCAAUGUCGACGGAUCCAUCAUCGAACUUGACCCUCACCUCAUUCUUGUCCUCUUUACUACGGCCGCCUCAACAACCAAAACAACAACAAGCAUCGAUCGAACAACCUACGCAAGUGUCGUUGGUGGCAGUAUAUCACACCGACGUGCCCCUCCCGUCCGCGCCAACAUCAUAUUCACCGUCCCCCCUCUCACUUCUAUCCUACCUCGCCACCACGGUCAUCACGGUCCACUCACUGGCCAUUUUACUCGCCGAAAAAUCCGCCCGGGCAAGAUCCCUCGCUUGCCCGACCUUCGGUCUGCGAGAAGAACGCGAAGGUGUCCUGGUCGGUCUGAAACCACGCGCGGCAAGUUCCAAAAAACCCCACGACGAACCCAGUAGUAGGGGUGGUAUCGUCCUCGAACUCGAACAUCGUAGAAAAAGUGGUCGGGGAGUAUUAGAGUGGUAUUUCCUUCCUCCUGUCGCCACCAUCUCAAAAACAACAACACAACAGACCAACAACAAUCCACAAGCAGUAUUUCGCGAAAUCGUUACUUUACUCGACGAUCAUCCUCUGUUUCAGAAAUCAAAGGAACAAGAGAGCGCCGACUCGGAGCUUUCGGGGAUGACGUUUGAGCUUGGCUUGACGGAAAGGCAGAGACUAGAGCGUGAGGGAGUGGUGUUGCCUUAUUUUGACGCGCAAAAGGCCGGAGGGGGUGGCGGCGAAGGUGGGAGGAUCUUGUACGAUAUGGGUGUCGAGGAUGACUUUGACGAAGAAGAAGACGAGAUCUGA